AUGGAGAUACAAGUCUUUAAUUCUAUGGAUUAUGAAGAGUUUGUUGAUAAGUUUGGGAAUGUGAUUGAGAAAUGCCCACUGGUUGCAGCUGCAGUUUGGACUAAUCGUCCUUUUACAAGCUUGGCUGCAUUGGAAAAAAUGUUUGGAGACUUCAUAGAUUUAUUGCCUCCAUCUGGGAAGGAGGGAAUCUUGCGAUGCCAUCCUGACCUGGCUGGUAGAGAUCUGCUCAGAGGAACACUGUCGUCUGAAUCCCAGGGUGAGCAGAUUCAAGCUGGAUUAACCAAUCUCACCGUGGCUCAGAGAUCCCAGCUUAGUGAAUUAAAUGCUUCGUACAAGAAUAGAUUCCACUUCCCAUUUGUGAUCUGUGCCAGGAUGAAUGACAAGGACACCAUAAUCAAACAACUCAGCAGCAGGAUUCACAACAGCCCAGAGCAUGAGCUUAAUACCAGCAUCGCAGAGGUUAAAAAAAUCUGUCACCUGCGUCUUUUGGAUAUCCUCAAUCGAGUACCCCACGGCACCAAGCUCUAA